AUGCGGUUGCCGCUAAUUCACAAGUACUCUCCUCAUUUCAAUGGAGGAGUUGGUUUGAUCAAUAAAACCGAUAUAGAUAUCAUGAAAGAGCUUCACCUCCAUGACAUAAUCCGCCACCAAACGAUUUUCCUAAUGAAUAGAGAUGAUCAUCAAAUCCCAAGGCGACAGGACUCAGAAACUAACUCAUCCUUUGCAAUGCCGGUGCAUUCGGGUUUUGAUAUGCUGUCGGGGUUGUAUUGGGUCGAAGUAAAAAUUGGAACACCUCCCAAGACUUUCUUGUUGGCUGCAGAUACAGCGAGUGACUUGACAUGGAUCAAAUGCAAAUACGAUAGAACGUUGACAAAGGAGGCCAAACAGAAAAUGAUAGACGAUCGCAAGAAGAAGAAACACCAUCAUGGCGAUCUCAAAAAGUCAUUAAUUUUUCUCAAUAAAGGUAGGGAAUUUCGUGCUGAUCUGUCAUCGACAUUCAAACCUGUUCCAUGCUCCGAUGGUAUGUGCCGCCAAGGGCUCGCACACAUGAUGUCUUAUAAAAACUGCCCAACCCCAACGUCGCCUUGCAGAUACACUUACAGGUACAUGGGAAAGGAGGGAGCAGAUGGUUUCUUUGGGCAUGACACUAUAACAGUACCCCUCGCAAAUGGUAGCAAAACAAAGCUGCCUAAUGUGACAAUUGGCUGCACAGAGUCCUACCAAAAUUUAAAGGAAGGUGAUGGCAUUCUAGGUUUAGGCUUCGGUUACUACUCAUUCUCCGAGACAGUAGUUUCCUCUAAGUUUUCUGGCAAGUUCUCUUACUGCCUAAUGUUUCAUAGGAGCAACGCGAGUGUGUUGAGUUAUCUUACAUUUGGUCCCAAUAAACAAACUGUUAACAGCCCUAUGAGGUACACAAAGUUGAUUAUGAGGAAGCAGAGGGGAGGUAACUCUAAUUUAUAUGGCGUAAACAUAACGGGCAUCUCAAUCGGGGGCACAUUAUUGAAGAUACCAAGUCAAUUUUGGGAUGCAACGUCGCGUGAUGGUGGUGUAGUGCUUGAUUCAGGCUCAACCAACACAUUUCUACCCCUACCAGCUUACAAGGCUGUCAUGGACGAAUUGACAGAUGCUUUGUCAAAAUAUAAUAAUUUCGUGAUCAAAGAGCUCCCAUUUGAAUUCUGCUUCAAUGAUAAAGGAUAUGACGAGUCUUCGGUGCCUAGACUUGCAUUUCAUUUUGCAGAUGGUGUUCGAUAUGAGCCACCAGUGAGAAACUAUGUUGUACCUGUGACAACGGGGACCAAGUGUAUUGGCUUUGUUCCAUCUCCCGAUGGCGGGCCUGUUAUUGGCAACCAAAUGCAGCAAAACCAUCUUUGGGAAUUUGAUAUUUCACGUGGUACUGUGGGUUUUGCUCCUUCCAGCUGCACCUAG